UUUAAAAAGCUGAUUCAUCACAAAACUUCCAAGCCCAGAAGUCCAAGAAACUAAGACAGCUAGUGUGAGCUUAUAUGCGAGUAAAGUACAUUUCUUUUCUCUCUAUUUAUUGCGACUUAUUAUUGCUUGUUGCUUACCCGUAAUAUAUACCCUUUUUUAAUCGUCAAUUAGAAUGCAACAACACAAUUAUAAAUUAACCUAAGAUUCAUGAUGUUAGAGUUUUGCUAUAGCCUGAUAAUAAAAUCAGUUGCAGAAGUAAUUAGGUAAGGACAUAAUGCUUCAGCAACCAAAGUUCCCCUGGUUUUCGCGCAAUAUCUUUGUUCUGCACUGCCAGCAGUUGCUUCGUGCACUUGACUGCAAGCUUUAUCAUAAUCAUAUCUCAAAACAUGGCAGUAUUGAUGAUACUGUUGAUAAGUUUCAAACUACUAAAGAAAAUGCUGAAUGCCAUUUCCAACUAUAUAAAAGCAAGGGUCAACAUCUUCUGACUAGUGGACGGGUUCUUGAUUCCAUUGUGAAAAGCUCUAAUAUCAAGGCCACUGACACAGUUUUAGAAAUUGGUCCUGGUACUGGAAAUCUGACCCUGAGACUUCUACAAGCUGCCAGUAAGGUUGUGGCUAUUGAGAUUGACAAAAGGAUGGCUGAAGCACUUCAAAAGCGAGUAGCUGAAUAUGGGCUUGAAGAUCGUUUAACUCUAAUACGUGAAGAUGCAAUGAAGACAGAGUUUCCUCAUUUUGAUCUGGUAGUGGCAAAUAUUCCUUACGGAAUUUCUUCACCUCUGAUUGCUAAAUUGCUGUUUGGAACUUGCCCCUUUAGGAGUGCCACGCUUCUGCUUCAGAAAGAGUUUGCAUGUCGCUUAUUAGCUAAUCCAGGGGAUUCAGAGUUCAAUCGUUUAGCAGUAAACGUGAAACUGGUCGCAGCAGUGGAACAUGUUAUGAAUGUAAGCAAAAGGGACUUUUUUCCUGUUCCUAAAGUUGACUCGUCCAUUGUUAUAAUCAGACCAAAGGUGGACGCCCCUCAAGUUGAUUUGAAUGAAUGGUGUGCAUUUACGAGGACUUGCUUUAGUAAGAAAAAUAAGACAUUAGGUGCUACAUUCAAGCAAAAGAAGAAGCUAAACGAGCUGAUGAGAAUAUCUUGCUUUAUGGGCGUGAGCAAAGAAACUCCAAUGCUUCACCCUUCUUCUGAAAGCAGUGAUAAAUACGAAGAUGCAGAAGGUGUUGAAGUGCUAAAUGAUCCUAUGGGUAAUUCUACUCCAUCUUUAGAAACGGCAGUCUCAUUAUUCAAAGAAAAGGUAAUCAAAAUUCUCAGAACUAGUGGGUUUGAAGACAAGAGACCUUUAAAGAUAUCUAUUGAGGAACUAUUGCAUUUGCUGUCAUUGUUUAAUGAAAACAAGAUCUAUUUUCAUGGCAAUGUAGAAGAUGUAAGCAAUACAGCUCUGGAUACUUUCUUUGAAUCAUAGACUCAGUUUUCCAAGGCAAAAUAUUGCGUAAUUUUUAUAUGUCCAAAUUUUGUCCACUGCUGGCCUUAAGUUGUAUGCUAGUAGACUCCAGGACAACAUUGUAUGCAUUCGUGGGAUAUACCGUGUCUGAAGGCUCUGUAUAAGGAUAGCUUAUGGAAAUAUGAGAAAUUUCUUCCAAAAACUUCUCGCAACACUCACUCCAGUAUAUGGUUUUACAAGCAAAAGAUGAGAAUAUGGUGUUGGCUGUAGUCAUGAUUCAUGAGAUCAUUCAAUUCCCUCACAUGAGGAAAUGGUGCUGGCUGCCUGGGUCUAACGGAGACCGUGGUGCGACUUGGAAAGACUAUGCAGCUGCCUUAACCCAAUGGCUGGGUGCCAAAUGAUGCAGCUUUUGUGCAUGUAUCUGGGACUCAAAUCAUCGCUCUUCGUCUAUAUUUGUUCAUGGGUAGGUUUACAAAAGCUGAAGGCUCAUGCAAGUUUUGUAAGAUGAGCAAGUUUAAGUGUUUUAUAUAGUAAGGUGAACCGUAUUGUAACCACUUCAUGGCAUAACAGUACGUGUUCAUUAUCAUCAACUAAAGUUACAGUUUGUUAAUUAAAAGUAUUAACAGUCCACAGAUCAUCGAAUUGUAAUUGCUUCAUCAUAACAAAACAAAGGACCAUUUGUAAAUGAAUUUUAAAUGGAUACUAGAAUGUAAUCAUAUCAUCCUAAUAUCCAUGGUAAUGCAAUUGUAUCCCCCAAACAAACUACUGGUAUAUAAUAUAAGCGCACUUCUAUUACUGGGCUUUACUUUUGCUGCUGUUGGGCGGGCCUUUUCAGAUGUUGGGCAUUGUGGAAUUUUUUUGGGCCUCUACAGCGUGUCAUUGUGGAUUUUUUUUUUUUUUUUUUUUUUAUUUGGGAAAUUCUCCCCAUAAUCAUGAACUUUUAUUUUUUCUCAUUGAUAAACUUUGAAACUUUUGUUUAUCAAUGGUAAUCACGAUAUAAUAAUACUAAGCCAAUGGUAACUUAAGUUAAACAAUUUGUUAAUUACUUAACCAUGAUUAAGCUAUUUGACUGCUAAAAGACAUAACUACCCUUGUUUGAAUCAAUCCCAACCAAUUCUUUCUUCUUCCUUUCUCUUUACACUUCCUUUCUUUUUCCUCCUCCAUUAUUGCACCUCCCUUUGUAGCAUCUCCAGCCCCUACCGACGCCC